CGGGCAUUAUUAUAAUAUUAUAAUGAGUAAUUCACUAAGAGGAAAAGUAAAGAAGAAAUUUGAAACCCAAGACUUAAUGGAAACUGAGAAAGAUAAAAUUUUUGCAUAUAAAAGCCACCAGGCACCAAAAAAGAUUUAUAAUCCUAUCCCAAUCAGGGGAGACAUGGAGCUUUGCAUAGGCCAAGAAAAUGUCCAAGAUAGUACAGCUGAGUUAGAAGCUAAUUUGAUUGCUGCUUUACUUAACGUAAACCCCGCGGAAAAAUUUGUAUCACUCAAUAUAUUGUCAACACUGUUGAGGAACACCCAAAACUCAGAAGUUGUUAGCACCUUGGAAAGUCUGACAAAUUCUUUGCAUGCGACUUCCAAUUUACAUUCUAAUAGUGGGUGAAAAGGUACUAAGAGGGCUUUUCAAGAUUUAUCUCAGUUGGAGAUCACUGAAAAAUACCUGGAGUCUAGAGAAUCAAAGAGGAAAAUGGUGAGAAAGCAAACCUCAUUUGCAAUGACCGAUGUGAAAAGUGAGUGUAACUCUACUAACGAGAAGGGAAACCAAGCUGUCAACCUUCCUCAUAUUGGUCAUUCUGAUGAUAGUUUUUAUGAUUCUGAGACUAAUAUACAACCAAACAUUCAAAAGAUCUCUCCUGAUAAAUGUAUGAAUCAAACUGAAAAUUCUCAUAAAAAGGUUGGCCUACUAACAGCUUCUGAGAGAAUGGUCAAAGUCCAGCGCUAUCUAGAUAAAAAGAAGAGAAGAAAAGGAGAGAAAGCUGUUAGAUACGAGUGUAGACAGAACCUAGCUUCCAAAAGAUUCAGAUAUCAAGGGAGAUUCAUCAGGUUCGAAGAUUUACACAAGUACAAAGGCAAACUAAUCAUUGAUUAUGCUGAAAGGAAACUUAUCAAGCCUAUUUUCCAAAUCACGAAAGUGAGGAACUAGGCGAUUUUUCCUUCUAUUGACCCUAGAUAGUGUCUAGCUGGUCAUUCAUCUUCAUUUCAAUUACUAUACUGACCAGAAUAGAAUGGAUGAUUGCUGUAAAGGGCUCCUU